CCUUGUCCUCCCACCCCGCCAUUUCCGCCAAGCUGUCGUCAGCCUGACGCGGUAACCGUGUGGACUCCGCUCGGGUGGGGGUGGCGGCCCGAAGCCCAAACCGCAUGGGCUCGCGGCCGAGCUGACCGAGCCGGACCCAGACCCACUCGCUCCUCCGCCCCCGCCGCAAUGGAGGAGCCGGCGGCGGCCUCUGCCCUGGAGGCGCGCGGCGACCUGCGCUCGGCGCUUCCCUUCCUCCCCGUCGUCCUCCGCGGCGGCGCACUCUUCUGGCCGCCGGCGGCGCAGGAGUCGCUCCGGGCGCUCGCGCUCGGCCCCGACGUCAGCCGCGUCGCCUCGGGGGACGUUCUCGCCGACGCGCUCACCGACCUCCGCCUCGCGCUCGCCCUGCCCGCGCUGCCCCCGCGCGCUGCCGACGGCCUGGCGCUCUUCUUCGACGACCUCCUUUCACGCGCCCAGGCGCGGGGCUGGUUCUCCGAGGUCGUCCCCAACCUCGCACGCCUCCUCCUCCGCCUCCCCACCCUGCUCGAGGACCACUACGCCAAGGCUGGCCACGGCGCCUCCGGGCUCCGCGUCAUGGCGUCGCAGGACGCGGGCGUCGUGCUCCUCAGCCAGGAGCUCGUCGCCGCGCUGCUCACCUGCGCGCUCUUCUGCCUCUUCCCCACGGCCGGUAGGGCCCAGGCGUGCCUUCCCACCAUCAAUUUCGAUGGCCUGUUCGCGCCGCUGAUUCACAAUGCGAGGCAAAGCCAGGAGCAGAAAGUGAGGUGCCUUGUUCACUAUUUCGAGAGGGUGACUGAUUCUAUGCCUACUGGUUUAGUUUCGUUUGAACGCAAAGUUCUUCCCCGCCGAGCGUUCUCUGAUGGCGUUCCCUAUCCUGACAUCCAUGCGUGGGUGGCAUCUAGUGCACCACUCUGCCAAUUCACGGUAUUUUCAUCAGGUUUCAUAGAAGAUGAAGAACAAGAAGCCCUUCAAGUUGACUUUGCAAAUAAAUAUUUGGGGGGAGGUGCCCUUUCCUGGGGUUGUGUGCAGGAAGAGAUCCGCUUCAUGAUAAACCCCGAAUUGAUUGUGGGUAUGCUAUUCUUGUCUUGUAUGGAAGAUAACGAGGCUAUAGAAAUCUUUGGUGCAGAACGGUUCUCACAGUAUAUGGGUUAUGGUUCCUCCUUUCGCUUUGUCGGUGACUAUUUAGAUACCAAACCCUUUGAUUCGAUGGGCAGACGGAGAACUAGGAUUGUGGCUAUCGAUGCUUUGGACUGUCCAGCUAGGUUACACUACGAAUCUGGCUGUCUCCUAAGGGAAGUGAACAAGGCAUUUUGUGGAUUUUUCGAUCAAUCGAAACACCAUCUCUAUGCGAAGCUUUUCCAGGAUUUGCACAACAAGGAUGACUUUUCAAGCAUCAAUUCCAGUGAGUACGUAGGAGUUUCAACAGGAAACUGGGGUUGUGGUGCUUUUGGUGGAAACCCUGAAAUCAAGAGCAUGAUUCAGUGGAUUGCUGCAUCACAGGCUCUUCGCCCUUUUGUUAAUUACUACACUUUUGAGGACGUGUCUCUGCAAAGAUUAGAGGAGGUGAUCCAGUGGAUACGACUUCAUGGCUGGACGGUCGGCGAGUUGUGGCAUAUGCUCAUGGAGUACUCAUCUCAGAGGCUGGGAGGAGAAACGCACAAGGGUUUUUUGGCCUGGUUGCUUCCCAGCGACAGGCCCAAGAAUCAAGUGCAUUACAUGUCCGAAUAGCAAUAGACCCGGUUUUUGUGAGGAGUGUGUGCAUGAACGAAGUUAUUGCUGACAAAAAAAAUGAAAUAAAGAUAAAAGCGUAUGUAUC